GCGAGCUGGUCCGUGUUGAGCACAGAGCUCAUGGCUGUCCCUGGCUGAGACGCACGCAGACGCACACACAGUGAAUCAACAAGAAGGUCCCGUUACCCGCCAUGGGAAUCUGACCACCACCGACCACCGACCACCGACGUCCAGUAAUACUGUCACACCGCUUUGAGGCAAUAUGGAGCCUGUGGAGCCCACUUCAGUCGUAAAGAUCAGUUUUCUGCUGGUUCUGGUCACGUCAGGCUACAGUUUACAGAGAGCGCCUCGUGUCAUCACCCCAUUAGAGACCGUGGACAUUCUGCCGGACCACAAUGCCACCUUCAUUUGUGAAGUGGAGUCACGUCCCCCUGCCGACAUCACCUGGAUCAAAAAUAACCAACCAGUUAUGUACUAUGACCCCCGGUACAUCACCAGGGAGCAGGGACAGAUGCUUAUCAUUCCCCGUGUGAGAGAGUCAGACAAUGGAGAAUACUGCUGCAUUGCCAACAAUGGGAUUGGAGAGGCAGCCAAGAGCUGCGGAGCUCUGCAGCUAAAAAUGAAACCGCAGAUCAAACGUCAUCCCAACAACGUUACCCUCCUGCUGGACUCCAAAGCAGUGCUGCCCUGUGUGACCCUCGGUAAUCCCAAACCCGACGUCACCUGGCUCAAGGACGACGAGCUGAUCAAGAUCAGUGACCGCGUGACCAUUCUCGACUACGGCGCGCUGAAGAUUCACAGCAUUCAGAAGGAGGAUGCGGGACAGUAUCGCUGUGUGGCCAGGAACAGCUUUGGUUUGGCCUUUUCAAAACCUGUCACUAUAGAAGUGCAGGCUCCGGCUCGAAUCCUCCGCGUUCCAAAAGAGAAGAGGGUUGCGUACGGUAGCCAGAUUACCCUCGAUUGCAACGCCACGGGAAAUCCGAUCCCCACCAUCACCUGGCUGGAAAACGGGAAUACUAUUUCAGGUGCAUCAGUUGAAGACACGUUGGUGGGAGAGGUGGUCCUGUCAGUUCUUAAAGUGACGGUGAACAAGCCGGCUCUGUACACUUGUCUGGCCUCGAACAGACACAGCGCUGGAGCCAACACCGUCAAAGCGACCGCGAGAGUCACAGUCGCAGAGUGGAGACUCUACAAAGGUGUUGCGGGCUACUGCAGCGCCUACCGGGGAGAUGUUUGUCGCACCAUCCUGCGAGACGAUUCCUUGGUGUUCUUCAACACCUCCCUCUCAGACCCGGAGGACAUGCAGGAGUACCUGGUCCAGAGCUGGUCCGCAGAGCUGGAAGGACUCAGUGCGCUGUGUGGCCCUGCACUGCACUCCCUGCUCUGUCACCACGCCUUCCCUGACUGCAACCCAUCAGGGUUAGGACCGGCACCUAAACCGGUCUGCAGAGAACACUGUCUGGCAGUGAAGGAGCUGUACUGCCAUAAGGAGUGGUUGUUGCUAGAGAGCAGCAGUUCAGUCCAGCGUGGACUUUUCAGCUCUUUCACCGGCUCCCACUCUUCGCUGCUGCCUUACUGUAUGGUGUUACCAAGUCUUCACACAGAUGCGGACGCUUGCACACAUAUUCCGUUUGUAGAUAUCAAGAAAGAUCGCGUUACAACAUCCUGUUACAAUGACAGAGGCCGCUUCUACCAGGGAAGCAUGAACACGACAAGGUCUGGGAUACCGUGUCAGCCGUGGAGCCAGCAGGUUCCCCACCAACACCGCCUGUCUGUGGACGUCAUUCCCGAGUUGAAGGACGCGGACAAUCGCUGCAGGAACCCAGGAGGGAUCAGUGACAAGCCCUGGUGCUACACAUCUAAUCCCAACAUACGCUGGGAGUACUGUGGUGUGCGGCAGUGUGGGGAGGCAAGCACGGCGUCAGUGAUGAAGCCAGAGUCGCCGGGCCCUCGCCAGACCCCUCAACUCCCUUCCACCACGACCAUAUCAUCAUCCCCAGCUUACUCCAUGUCCGUCAUCAUCAUCGUCCUGUCUACGAUCGCGGCCGCAGUCCUCCUCCUCAUCGGCGCGCUUGCCUGCCGCAGACAGAGGAAGCAGUGGAGGAACCGAAAGAGAGCGAUGGAGACGCCAACAAUGAGCGCUCUCCCGUCAGAGCUCCUGCUGGACCGACUCCACCCCAACCCCAUGUACCAGAGGGUUCCCCUGCUGCUGAACUCAAAGAUACUGGCCCUCGAGUACCCACGCAACAACAUCCAGUAUGUUAGGGACAUUGGAGAGGGAGCCUUUGGACGGGUUUUCCAAGCCAGAGCACCAGGUCUGUUGUCAAAGGACACGUUCACGAUGGUGGCCGUGAAGAUGCUGAAGGAGGAAGCUUCGGCCGACAUGCAGAACGACUUCCAGAGGGAGGCGGCACUCAUGGCCGAGUUUGACCACCCGAACAUCGUGCGACUCCUGGGUGUGUGUGCUGUGGGUAAACCCAUGUGUCUGAUGUUCGAGUACAUGGCCCACGGUGACCUCAACGAGUUCCUGCGCCGUCGCUCUCCAAACCACUCGGUGCACACGCUGAGCUGUGCCAGCCUAUCAGGUCGCAGCUUCUCCUCUGAGGUGGAGGCGGGGUCUCUCUGCUGCACCCAGCAGUUGUCCAUUUCCAAGCAGAUCGCUGCGGGCAUGGCCUACCUGUCCGAGCGCAAGUUCGUGCACCGCGACCUCGCAACCCGGAACUGCCUGGUGGGCGAGGAGAUGGUGGUGAAGAUCGCCGACUUCGGCCUCUCCAGAAACAUCUACUUGGCCGAUUACUACAAGGCCAACGAGAAUGACGCCAUCCCCAUUCGCUGGAUGCCCCCGGAGUCGAUUUUCUACAACCGCUACACCACAGAGUCAGACGUGUGGGCAUAUGGCGUGGUGUUAUGGGAGAUCCUCUCACACGGCAUGCAGCCGUACUACGGUAUGGGUCACGAGGAGGUCAUUUACUACGUCAGGGACGGUCACAUCCUCUCCUGUCCGGAGAAUUGUCCUCUGGAGCUGUACAAUCUGAUGAGGCUUUGUUGGAGCACGCUCCCAUCAGACAGACCCAGCUUCUGCAGCAUACAUCGGAUACUGGAGCGCAUGCAUCAAAACACGCUGAACGCGAACACUGAGCCUGAGGCCGACUGCUAACCUGGGAGUCUGUGACAGAGAGCAGUUUGUUAUGUUGUGAUUUAGUGCCUGAAAGUACAUGGACUUUGAAUGAACUGAGUAUAGACUGAAAACUCUUUGUGAGUAUCAGUACAGCUGAUGCCGAUAUUAAUCCGAUAUAGUUAUUUUUACACCUUUUAACCUACAAGCACCGUAUCUUAUUAGCUCAUCUCUGAAUGACCACUGCCUUUAUUUUUCAGGACUAACCCAACAUGUUGUCCUCACUCAGUACGUUUACAUACACAGUUUAAUCGAGCUAAGGCCGUAGUCUGACUAAGACAACAGGCAGAGUCCGAG